AUGGAAGUUCAGAACCCCGAAAACUGGCCAUUGGCAACGAAAUGGACUGUGACUGGAGUCAUGUGCGUUGUGACCGUAGCGAUGUACACCGGCUCCGCGUUCUGGUCCGUCUGUAUCGACGAUGCUGUCAAACGAUUCGACAUCUCUGAAACCGUGGCGCAGCUCGGCACAUCGCUCUUUGUCGUCGGUUUCGGCCUGGGUCCGAUGGUCUGGAGUCCCCUGAGUGAAAUGCCAUCCGUUGGCCGACUCAAGGUGUACUUGUGGACAGCCGUGAUUUUCAUCGCUUGUCAACUCCCAAUCCCGCUCUCCGACAACAUCGCCGUGAUUCUCGUCUGCCGCUUCCUCACCGGCUUCUUCUGUUCACCGGUUUUGGCCGUUGGCGGGGGCACUGUGGCUGAUAUGUUCGGCCCUGCGACGAUCGGCUAUCCCAUGGCAUGCUGGGAACUUGCAACCUGGGGUGGCAGUGCCGUGGGACCCACCUUUGCUGGUUUCACGUUCGAUCGAUUUGGAUACAAAGGUCCCAUGUGGGAGUUGGUGUUCCUUGGAGUCCUCGGCCUCAUGUUGAUCAUCUGCCUCAUCCCCGAGACCUUGCCGGCCACGAUCUUGCAUCACCGUGCGCAACGACUCCGCAGAGGCCACCCGCACAAGACGUUCGUCACAUACAGUGAGCUGCAAGAAGACCGAACUUCUCUGUUUGCGACAAUGCGAGGAUUACUCGUCAAAGCUCUGGCGUUGAACUUCCACGAGCCGAUCGUCUUUGUGCUCAACUUGUACGUCGCUCUUGUCUUCGCCAUCUUCUUUGGAAUGCUGGAGUCGUACCCGUAUGUCUUCAAGCAGGAGCCGUACAACUUCAACACCGGUCAAGUCGGUCUGGUCUUCCUGGGCAUCUUCGCCGGAGGCUUCGUAUCGAUGAUCGCCUACUUCAUCUUCCUCUGGAAGCACCAAGACCAUUGUUUCGAUGAGAACGGCAACAUCACUCCGGAAGAGAGACUCCUUCCCGCCAUUCCUAGUGGCCUCUUCGUGCCUCUGGGACUCUUUUGGUACGGAUGGACCACCCACAUCCACUGGAUCAUGCCCACUCUGGGAGGCUUCUUCUUCGGGAUAGGCAUGUUCACGAUCUUCAUGAGCAUGUUGUCCUACCUGCCAGAUGCGUAUCCAUCAUACGCAGCGACCGUCAUUGCUGGCAAUUGUCUGAUGCGCGCAGGCCUUGCCGCUGCGUUUCCGCUUUUCAUCAUCCCUUACUACGAACUCUUGGGACCUGGCGUUACCUCUUCGAUUCUCGGCGGACUGGGGGUGUUGUUCAUGCCCUGGCCACUAUACCUGUUCUACCGCGGACACCAGCUCCGCAUGCGAAGUCGGGAGGCGAGGAAAGACAUCUGA